UCCUCUCAGGUUUUCUCCUGGAUCCACAGCCCGAAUCUGCAUCACUGCCUCUGGGUGGCAGGGUUAGUCUCGGGCUGGGAUCCCACGCCGAGUCUGUCCUUCGUCAUCCCGUGCCUGCAAUCCUCCUUACGUAUUUUCUCAGCUCACUAUUCUUUUGCCUCCGUCUGACUUUGUCAAAAGGUCGAGUCCUCUUUGCCCGUUCGACCACGUGUGUCCCCUGGAACCUUCUCCCUAAACCAGCCCUUACCGCGCCGCCGCCCUCACUUUCUCCUUCCUUUCCUGGCCCGGAAACGCCACUCGACAAACAUUUAUUGAGCUCGCUGGGCUACCGAGAGCCCCUUUCUAGACCCAGCCGCAGCUCUCGCCUCCCUCCGCCCUGCCCACCUGUCGGGAACUGGGGGUCCCAACUCUCCUGACUACGUCAUGGAAUCCGCCCGCUUCUUCCAACUGCAUCGCCCCACCUCUUUCCCCGGGACCGACUCCUGAUUGGUGGGAGUGUGGGUCACUCUGCCAUCCCACAUGUGGCCCGCCCCUAUGGCGGGCUCAGGCUCCGCCUCCUCGCUUACCCACUCCUGUUAAUCGCCCCGCGGCGAGUGCCGAGAAGUUCUGGGCAAAGUCCUGGGACCUGGACGCGAGAUCGCAGCGCCCACGAGCGGAGCCGGGCAAAGGGACCCUAGCGCAAGGCGGUCAGUGCGCGGCUCCGGCUGUGGUCCCUCUGUUCGUCCGCGAGAGGCCAGUCUCCUGCGGCUGUGCGGGAACUGUCAGCCAAGCAUUGCGGGAGGACAGAGAAGCCAGGUUUGCCUCCUGCGGGCUCUGGGACGAACCUUGGAGCCGGGCACCGGGAACUCGGCGGCGUCGGGCGCGCAGGGAUUUCCUCUGGGUCAUGUAAAAUGCUUUGAAAACAUAUUGGAUAACAGCUAAACCACCUGCCUGGGAGGUUCCAUACUCUCUGCUGCACUGACUUCUGAUGGCAUUUUGACUGCACCGAGGCCACGUGACACACUGCUCAUGAUGAGUGAUGAGAAGAACCUCGGGGUGUCCCAAAAAUUGGUCUCCCCUGCAAGAAGCAUCAGUAGCUGCUCCUCCAAGCAGGGAAGUCGACAGGACAGCUGGGAAGUGGUGGAAGGACUGAGGGGAGAGAUGAAUUACACCCAGGAGCCAUCAGUUCAGAAAGGGUUUUUGCUGAAAAAGAGGAAAUGGCCCUUGAAAGGCUGGCACAAGAGAUUCUUCUAUCUGGACAAAGGAAUCUUGAAAUACGCCAAGAGCCAGACUGAUAUAGAGAGAGAGAAGCUGCAUGGCUGCAUUGAUGUUGGGCUCUCGGUGAUGUCUGUAAAGAAAUCAUCGAAAUGCAUCGAUCUGGACACCGAGGAACACAUCUACCAUCUGAAGGUAAAGUCAGAAGAAGCCUUUGAUGAGUGGGUAUCCAAGCUCCGCCACCACCGAAUGUAUCGUCAGAAUGAAAUCGCUAUGUUUCCACACGAAGUUAAUCACUUUUUCCAAGCAUCCACCGUCACAGACUCUUCGUCUGUUGUCUUGGACUCCAUUUCAAGUAGGAAGCGCAGCAGUUUAUCAAAGCAGAAUUCGUUUCAAACUGGAAGCCAUUUAUCAUUUUCUUGUGGUGGUGAGACUCGAGUUCCAUUAUGGUUACAGUCUUCAGAGGACAUGGAAAAAUGCUCAAAAGACCUGGCACAUUGUCAUGCCUACCUGGUGGAGAUGAGCCAGCUCCUCCAAAGUAUGGAUGUCCUGCAUCGGACAUACUCAGCACCAGCUAUCAACGCCAUCCAGGUUCCUAAACAUUUUCCUGGCCAACCAAGACUACAUUCCUCCAAUCCUAAUUUAUCAACACUAGAUUUUGGAGAGGAGAAAAAUUCUUCCGAUGGCUCUGAAACCUCAUCAGAGUUUUCUAAAAUGCAAGAAGAUCUGUGUCAUAUUGCCCAUAAAGUUUACUUCACUCUAAGGUCAACUUUUAAUACCAUAUCAACCGAGAGAGAGAAACUGAAGCAGCUGAUGGAGCAGGAUGUGUCCUCGUCCCCCUCUGCGCAGAUUAUUGGCCUGAAACGCGCCCUGUCAUCCGCCCUAGCACAAAACACAGAUCUUAAAGAACGCUUGUGCAGAAUCCAUGCUGAGUCUCUGCUCCUCGACCCCCCUGCUGCUGCCAAGUCCAGUGACAGCCUGGCAGAGGAAAACUCCACAGACGACAACCGACCGCUGGUCCAUCAGCUUUCCAAUGAGAGUAGACUCUCCAUCACUGACUCCCUUUCAGAGUUUUUUGAUGCACAGGAAGUUCUGUUAUCUCCAAGCUCUUCAGAAAAUGAGGUUUCUGAGGAUGAUUCAUAUGUCAGUGACAUAAGUGAUAACCUUUCCUUGGACAAUCUCAGUAAUGAUUUAGAUAAUGAGAGACAGACCUUGGAGCCUGUUAUGGAAAGCCGUGCGGAAGUGAAGUCCAAAAGGAGAACUUGCUUGCCGGCACCCUGCCCCAACACCAGUAACAUCAGCUUGUGGAACAUCCUGAGAAACAACAUAGGGAAGGACCUGUCGAAAGUGGCCAUGCCCGUGGAGCUAAACGAACCUCUGAACACGCUGCAGAGGCUCUGCGAGGAGCUGGAGUAUAGCGAGCUUCUGGACAAGGCCGCACACAUCCCCAACGCCCUGGAGAGGAUGGUGUACGUGGCAGCCUUUGCUGUAUCAGCAUAUGCAUCUAGCUAUUUCCGAGCUGGAAGCAAGCCUUUUAACCCUGUUCUUGGAGAAACCUACGAGUGUAUCCGCGAGGACAAGGGCUUCCAGUUUUUUUCAGAACAGGUCAGCCACCAUCCACCUAUCUCUGCAUGUCACGCUGAGUCUGGAAAUUUUGUUUUCUGGCAAGACGUGAGAUGGAAAAACAAAUUCUGGGGCAAAUCCAUGGAAAUUGUUCCGAUAGGCACAACGCAUGUGACUCUGCCCGCGUUUGGAGACCAUUUUGAGUGGAACAAAGUGACCUCUUGCAUCCAUAACAUCUUAAGCGGGCAGAGGUGGAUUGAACACUACGGAGAGAUCGUCAUCAAGAACGUGAAUGAUGAUUCCUGUCACUGCAAAGUGAAUUUUAUAAAGGCAAAAUACUGGAGCGCUAACGCCCGUGAGAUUGAAGGUACUGUAUUUGACAAGAGUGGAAAAGCGGUGCAUCGGCUAUUUGGGAAAUGGCACGAAAGCAUCUACUGCGGUGGCUCGUCCUCGUCUUCUUGUGUCUGGAGAGCGAAUCCCAUGCCAAAAGGCUAUGAACAAUAUUAUGGCUUCACACAGUUUGCACUAGAAUUAAAUGAAAUCGAUCCGUUGUGUAAAUCUUUCUUACCACCUACUGACACUCGAUUUAGGCCAGACCAAAGGUUUCUAGAAGAAGGGAACAUAGAAGAAGCUGAAAUGCAAAAGCAGAGGGUUGAACAGCUACAGAGAGAAAGGCGGCGGGUCUUAGAAGAAAAUAACGUGGACCACCAGCCGCGGUUUUUCAGGAAAUCUGAUGAUGAUUCUUGGGUGAGCAAUGGCACCUAUUUGGAACUUAGGAAAGAUCUUGGCUUUUCCAAACUGGACCAUCCUGUCUUGUGGUGAAAAAGGAAAGAACGAUACAUCCUUGCACUUCUCCUGUGUUUGCUUUCUGAAGCCACAAACGUGUGUCUAUAUAACAGAUAUUUUCUAGAAUGAUCACUUGUGCUUAGCUUAGCAUUGUAUUUAAUUAUGUAUUUUCUUCAGGAGGUUUCUUUACAAUUUCAAAUGUUAUCACAAUUGUUUAUAUGAAUGUGGAACACCUUGAUAUUUCUUUUUAUAUAUAAACUAUUUAAUAAAAAUGAAAGAUUGAAUGUUAACGUGUGGGUUGAGAAAGAAGCUUUAACACUAAUUUUCCAAAGGUUAGGAAAAUUGAAAUUAAAUUGAUGCCUUAUACAAUUAAGUUGGAGAAGACAAAAAUCCAUCUCUCCCAGGUGCAUUAAGAAAUAAGAAUACCCAGGGUGACUCAUGUGUAAGCUACCCAAGUUUAAUUUGGUAGCUCAGAUCUCUUUUUGCCUCAGACAGCUCUUGAACUGCUCAGACAGAACAAUUCUGCUGGUGCUGGAGUCUGGAGAAUAUUUACAUUUACAUUUUGGUGGUUGAGAGGAUAGUAUAAGUUUAGUGAAUGUAUGUUUUUAUAUGAGGUGCAUAUGGCACCUUCCUGGUUAGAAAGCAUUUGAGCUCAUCCGUCCCUAUAGUUUUCUUGCCUUGUGUGUAAAAUUAUACCGUUACUCAGAGAAAUUGUGGGUGAUCCCAUUAAUUAAAUGUCAUAAUGAAAUCCCAGAGAGGCAGUCGGAAAUUUCUCCUUAGUGACAGCUGAAUCCCUGACAAGUUAAGAAACUAUUUUCUGCUUCCCACCCCACCCCUAGCUUCCCGUCCUGUGUUUGACCACCUCUCUGUUGAGUGUGGAAUGUCCCAGUUUUAGUAUAAAACAUACAGCACAUUCCACAAGCACCUUGACUUUGUAAAAAAGUUCAGCAAAAUAACUGAUUUAAAAUACUGUUUUGGUAUUUUCUACCUCUUAAUAAGCACCAUAUUUUAGAUCUUGUAUAAAAAGUUUGACCAUCUGCCUUAUAGACAAUUGUAGAGAAUUGUUCUUCCUUUGUGUUGUAUUCUGAUAAAGCUUUAAAUGUCUUAUCCCUUUCUUACACUUUCUUUUUAUAUCACUAUUUUGUGAGUUUUGCAGCAGUCUUGAAUAACACAGAUUAUAACUACAGAAAGGGGAAACUUUGUCUUUUUAAAUGUGUUAUUUCAAAUUACAAUAUAAAAAUGUGUGCAGUCGUUAAAUUGUGUUAUCAAAGCAAUUCAAACUUCUGCCCAGAUUACAUUAAAACCAAAGCCUAAUUUUUAAGCCUUUUACUCCAUAAUAAUUAUCCAUAAUAAUUCUAUGGAGUAUCAAGUAAAAUGGUGUGGUAAAAAUAUUUCUCCCCAAAACCUUUUUAGAUAUUUAAGUAACUUCAAAGCAUAUAGAAUGCUAUGAAUAAAAAGUAGAAUAAAUAACAGAAAAAAAGAAUGCAUGAUUUUUCAGUGUCACACCAAAUAACCAGUUUUGCAUUUUCAAAAUGGAGAGUUAUGGAAAGUGUGUCAGUAGCCUUUUGGAAUCUGCAAGUGACUAGCUUUUUAAAAACAAUAAAUGCAUUCACUCAAUAUUGCGUUCAUCCAUUCCAUUUUAUCAAGAUAUCAAAAUGAACACAAUGUUAAUAUCGUUUCCAUUUCUAAGCCUUUAAAUAACACGUUCUUUGGUCUGUGCUUUGUUCUUUUCUUUUCAAGCAUGUAUCCAAAUUCUGCUCACAGACAGGAAGAAGAAGAUUGUGUAUUUAAGGGUACUCAAGGGGGAAGCGAAUCUAGUUUUCAUAAUGUGAACGUAAAUGUAGAUUUUUAGUAAUAUUGACUGUUAAAUAAGCCUGCUCCAGAAGCUGGCUCAAAAAAAACCCAAACCAAAUAAAUAAAUAAAAAUGAAGUGUGCAGCCUGAACGGAUGUAGCUUUGUCAUGCAGUAUUUGGAAAUUCUUUGUCUCAAUGUUAUUAUUUCAAUUGACAUUAUGCUUCAUUUUGGAAUUACAAGGAUAAAUGGACCAACUAUCAUCUUUGUAGUCAUUUUAUUUGAGAUGGGGGGGAGGUUAGAACAUGAUACAGAACUAUAUUCAAAUUUUGAAAUCUACAUCUGUACCAGCAUCUGUAAAGGACUUUUCUGAUAUUUGAACAGCUUGGUGAUGCAUCCUGAUAUUAUAAUUUUAAAACUACCUUGAGGGGGAAAUGGCUUCUUUUUCUUCUUCAGUCCCUAUUCUCAAAAGCACUUUCCCACCUAAUUUGUAAUUCAAUGGCAUUUUAUAUUUUUAAGAUGAAGAAAACAGAAACAUGGCAGUGUUUGGGAAGAAUCGAGACAAAAAGUAAUUUUUCUGGACUUUGAAUCCCCUGAUUAACUAACACCAAUCAAUACACCAUUUGAGACACAUGUUUUAAACUCAAUUUUUAGUCCUGACAUUCUACUCCAAAUUUAUGGUGAAUGACAAAGAUAUUCUUAGAAGGAAGACUUUGUGUGGCCUUUCACAUGUCCGUGUGGCCACUGUUGCGGACCCCAACCUGCAGGAGAAGGCCACAGUCCCGAGGUAGCCAGGCAGCAGAUCACCUCCCUCCCAGGGCCCCAAAUCCUAAGUUGGUAUUUCCCUGAGUCAAAUGUAUUCAUCAAAGUCUCAG